AUGCCAAACCAAUCGAGAAGUCGGGAUCGAUACGGACAAUCGCAACGGGAACGGACACGCGAGCGCGAGAGGCGAGGAGAAAGGCGGGUUGAACGUGAGCGCGAGUACAUUCGUGGUCGAUAUGAUGAGGAUGAGGGGGAGGCGUCGAGUCCUGGGAGUGGUCGCAAAGGGAAGUACCGUUUCCGAGGAGAAGAGACAGGUUAUGAUUCUUAUGAGCGGGAUGAAAGGAGAGAGAGUGAUGCUGCGUUUGAAGAGGAGGAGAGGAGGAGGAGGGAACGAAGGCGCAGACGGAGAGAAGAGUCCAUGGAUAAGGCGAAGGAGUCACCUGCUACGUCACCUAUCAAAAAGAGGGAUAGAGAACGAGAUCGGGAUGGAUAUCGGCGGAGGAGGGAGCUUACGGAGGAUGAGGGGAGUCCGACAAAGGCUGUGAGGGAUCGGCGGCACCGGAAUCGAGAGGGGGAGAGUGACGCCGAUGCCGAGGCGAGGAGACAAAGACGACGAGAAAGGCAACGGAGAGAGAGGGAGAGAGAGCUCGAAGCUGAUGCUGCUGCUGCCGCUGCUACUGCGAGGAAACAUAAAAGUACCGAGUCUACUAAUAGUGCUUCUGGUCUAUUGACGGCUGAUGCAUUGGCUCAAAGAAUUGCUGAAGACGUCUCUGAACAUGAGAUGGAUGAGGAUCUUCCAGAGCAGUGGGAGCAACGACAUCAAGAGAGAGAGCGCUCGAGGAAUAUGGAUGAGGAGCGCAGAGAGCGUCGUCAACGGAAACGAGCUGCCUUAGCUGGUGCGGGAGCUGGAGCACUUGGUGCUGAGUUUCUGGAAGCACGUUCAAAGCAAAAAUCUGGAGCUCGAGUUGUCUCUGGCUCUUAUCUAGAAGAAGGUCGAAGACCAGACAUGAAUGUUCGACGCCGGGGUGGUGGUGGCUCGGGCAUGGAAGAGACAUGGAAACAGGAAGAGAGCUGGGAGGGAAGCUUUGAUAAUGCUGGAAGACGACCAUUCUGGAAAUUUUGGGACUCAUGGUCUAGGAGGAAGCGGAUAUGGUUUGGAACUGCAGCUGGUCUCCUCAUACUGCUUGCUAUCAUUAUACCACUUGCCGUUGUUGAGUCCCAGAAGAAAGACACAAGCUCUGGCUCUAGAUCUAGCUCCAGCUCUUCGACUUCUUCAAGUUCUAGUAAUCUGACUGCGAAUUUGGAUACUAUCAGCCGCGACAGCAUUCCCUCCUGGGCACAGGGAACAUACCUAGAUCCUUUCACAUGGUAUGAAACCAUUGGCUUCAACCUCACGUUUACGAACGACACCGUGGGAGGCUUGUACAUGAUGGGCCUCAACUCUUCAUGGGAUGAUUCCGCCCGACCCAAUGAUAAUGUUCCACCAUUGAACGAAUCAUUCCCUUAUGGCUCCCAACCAAUCCGAGGUGUCAACAUUGGAGGGUGGCUUUCCAUUGAACCGUGGAUUACACCGUCCUUGUUUGAUACUUACUCUUCAGAUGAGGGAAUCAUAGAUGAGUGGACUUUGACAACUCAGCUGGGGUCCGAUGCUGCGACAGAAAUUGAGAAACAUUAUGCGACUUUCUACACCGAGCAGGACUUUGCCGAAAUUGCAGAAGCUGGUCUUGAUCAUGUGCGCCUUCAAUAUUCCUACUGGGCAGUUAAAAUCUACGACAACGAUCCAUAUGUACCUAAAAUCGCCUGGAGAUAUCUCCUGCGUGCAAUUGAAUAUUGCCGCAAGUACGGACUGCGAGUCAAUCUCGAUCUCCAUGGAGUCCCAGGAAGUCAAAAUGGAUGGGAGCAUAGUGGUCACCAAGGGCUAAUUCGCUGGCUGAAUGGAACAGACGGCGACCUUUUUGCGAACCGUUCUCUGGAAAUCCAUGACCAGUUGACGCAAUUCUUUGCUCAAGAUCGGUACACGAAUAUCGUGAAAAUGUACGGUGUGGCAAACGAGCCGCUGAUGCUUGAUCUGUCUGCUGCAGCAGUGCUCGAGUGGACAAAUUCGACAACUGAGAUUGCUCGAAAAAACGGCCUCAACAGCACUAUUGUCUUUCAUGAUGGGUUCUUGAAUCUUGACAAGUGGGACACUAUGUACAGUGAGCACCCAGAUAACAUGUAUCUGGACACACAUCAAUAUACCACAUUCAAUACUGGCGAGAUCGUGCUGAAUCACACAGCGAAGAUCGAGCUUAUUUGCAAUAGCUGGUAUCCCAUGAUAGAAGCUAUCAAUGUCACGGGCUCAGGAUGGGGACCCACAAUCUGUGGUGAGUGGUCACAAGCUGACACUGAUUGUGCCAAAUAUCUUAAUAAUGUCGGCCGUGGCACUCGAUGGGAAGGGACAUAUGACACGAGUACCUCGACACAGUAUUGUCCAACUGCAAGUGAAGGUACCUGUUCUUGUGACGGUGCCAAUGCCGACGUAUCAGACUACUCCGAUGCGUACAAGAAGUGGCUGCUGUACUACGCAGAAGCCCAAAUUUCUGUAUUUGAAACGGCAAUGGGCUGGUUCUACUGGACCUGGCGUACGGAAUCAGCAGCACAAUGGAGUUAUCGUGCGGCUUGGAAGGCUGGAUUUAUGCCAACCCUGGCUUAUUCGCCGUCAUUUAAGUGCGGAGAUGAUGUCCCGGAUUUCUCAAGCUUGGGUCUGCCCGAGUACUAUUAA